AUGCUAGCUGGCCCGCAUCAGUUGCAAGCCCUGCUAUAUGCGGGUUCGCGUGUGGUCUUCCCCCACCUUGAUAUCCUUCUGCGAGUCCCUGUAACCCUUAUCGGCUUCUGGUGGUUGUGUAUACUCACAACAUUGGUUCCGCAGGAUGCAUUAUCGUACCUUGAUCAGGUUAAGUACCAGUUCCAAGAUCAGCCCGAUGUGUAUAACAAGUUCCUGGACAUCAUGAAGGACUUCAAGAGUCAGGCCAUUGACACACCGGGGGUGAUCGAACGUGUGUCCACACUAUUCUCAGGGCAUCCAGGCUUGAUUCAGGGCUUCAACACUUUCCUUCCUCCGGGUUAUAGAAUUGAGUGCUCCCAGGAUCCGAGAGACACUAAGAUCACAGUCACCACUCCUUCUGGUAUCCACCAUGCUUCUUCUGGUGACAACGUAUCCAUCACUGGCAACACUGGAAUCCCGCUCGCCCAAUCUAUAGGCAAGGGGCCGGUCGAGUUCAACCAUGCGAUUAGUUACGUGAACAAGAUCAAGAACCGCUUCGCGCACCAACCGGAGAUCUAUAAGAACUUUCUCGAGAUCCUGCAGACGUAUCAGCGGGAGAGCAAACCCAUCCAGGAUGUAUACUCGCAAGUGACCCAACUAUUCCGGGAGGCUCCCGAUCUUUUGGAGGACUUCAAACAGUUCCUACCUGAGAGUGCCGCCCAGGCGCGUGCGGCGGCGGCUGCCAAGGCGGCUGCUGAAGAGGCUGCUGCCGGUUCUGGUGCGAUGGGCGGUGCGCCGCCGACUGCUGCUGGUUCUGCGAGGAUUCCUGCCCUCGGAACGUUUCCUCCCCCACCAUCGGUUGCAAAGGAGAAGGGAAAGAAGCGUGGUGGGCAGGUUCCGCAACCGCCAGUUGACCAAAAGGUAGAGACUGUCGUUGGUGUCGGUAGAGCCGCAAAUAAGCGACACAAAGCAGCACACCCCAAGCCAACUCUCGAGCAGCAGAUUGCGAGCGUCUCGCCUACUCUUACGCCUUUUCAACCGGAACCGAUGGCUUCGCCACAGCAGGCAAUGGCGACUACUGAAGAGUUGGCGUUCUUCGACAGAGUCAAGAAGUUCAUUGGCAAUAAGCAGACGUACAAUGAGUUCCUGAAACUACUCAAUCUUUUCUCGCAAGGCCUGAUGGACAAAUCUGUCCUGUACGACAAAGUUCGCAACUUUAUCGGUGGAAACAAGGAGCUCCUGGAAUGGUUUAAGAGAUUCAUUCAGUGGGACGGUGUCUCUGAGGAAAUCCAAAACACGCCGCAACUAAUGAAUAAGGUUCGUUUGAGCGUGUGUAGAGCUCUAGGUCCGAGUUAUCGGCUUCUUCCUAAACUAGAGGCCCAGAAGCUAUGUUCCGGACGGGAUGAGACGUGCAAUGAAGUGCUCAAUGACAAGUGGGCGUCGCAUCCAACGUGGGCCAGUGAAGAUUCUGGCUUCGUGGCUCACAAGAAGAACCAGUUUGAAGACAUUCUCCACCGGAUCGAGGAGGAACGACAUGAUUACGACUUCAACGUUGAGGCGAAUCUUCGGACGAUUCAGCUUCUGGAACCCAUUGCGUCGCGGAUAGCAACCAUGAAUGCGGACGAGAAGGCAAAUUUCCGCCUGGCUCCUGGCCUCGGCGGUCAGAGCAAGACGAUCUACCAGCGUGUCAUUAAGAAAGUCUGGGGACGCGAAGCGGGUCUUGAGGUUAUCGAGGCGCUGCAUAAUGAUCCCGUCCGCGCCGUCACUUUGGUUUUGAGCCGCCUGAAGAAGAAGGAUGAGGAGUGGAAGGCGGCACAGCGCGAGUGGCAGAAGGUCUGGCGUGACCAGACAGCUAGAGUCUUUUGGAAGUCGCUCGAUCAUCAGGGCAUCUCGAUCAAACAGAAUGACAAAAAACAGUUCCAGCUCAAGACGCUCGUGGGCGAGAUCUCGGCGAAGCGCGAAGAGCAGAUGGCCCGUCGGCUUUACCCCACCACGCCGGCUCCGGAGUACCAGUUUGCGUACGAUUUCAAGGACACCAACAUCAUCCUUGACGUUAGCCGUCUCCUGGCGGUGGCUCUCGAGAACGGUACUGGUUUCUCGAUCAGCGACAGGGAGAAGAUCGAUGGCUUCAUCAAGAGCUUCAUUCCGCUAUUCUUUGGCAUCAACUCCAGAGACGUCGAGGAUACCGUCAACUCGAUCUCGCGUAAGACGCCAGACGACGAGGGCGACCCCGAAUCGGCGAACCACAGGGGCAGUCGUCGCGGCGCUAAGUCCGACACCAAUGAUCUGCUCCGGGACGUUCUCAAGCGUGGCAAGGGCAAGAACACGAGGAAGGACAAAGACGAAUCUGCCACGUCGCUUACCAACAGCCGCGACUCUUCGCAGGAACCGCAUGACGGAGAUGUCGAGAUGACGUCGCCGUACUCAUCCGACCGGCCCGUCAAGGAGGAAGGAAAUUGGAUAGCCAGGCCAACCAAGCACCUCUCCGGGGUGAAGCCCAACUUCCCGAUGAGCCCCGCCGAGCACGACGAUCGGCAGUUCCAGAAGAGGACCGUGUUUACCCUCUUCUGCAACAGCACGAUAUACAGCUUCUUCCGUGCCUUCCAGAUCCUCUACGGCCGGCUGGCGGCUGUCAAGGCUACCGAAGAACAGAUCCGUGCCGACAUCGAGAGGCGAAAGACGGUCAAGGUUGCACGCGAGAUCAACAUCAUGACGCAUCGCGUUGAGGACAUCUUCUCGGAUACCUCCCCGACGGCGAACUACUACAGCCAGAUACUGGACAUGUGCGAGAAGGUUCUUGAAGGUGAGCUCGACACUGCCGGCUUUGAGGAGACGCUCCGGAGCGUCAAUGUCCAGCAGGGAUGGAAGCUGUUCACGAUCGAGAAGACGUGCAACUCGAUCCUCAAGUUUAUUCAGAGCAUCGUGCCUAGCGACGGCAAGGAGAAGAAUACCGAGAAGGAGAAGACAGCCGACAUCGUCCUACGCUUCCAGAAGGAUCGUGAUAAUCGUGCGUACGAGAAGGAGGGUGGUGAGUACAGAGAGCUCAUUGCGUACCGCAGAGCCGUUGAGGGUAUUCUUGGGCAGACGGAUGAUCUUUACAGGAUCGAUUGGCACGAGAUUGAGCAAAAGGCGACUAUCCGCCUUGUCCCCCGUGGCUCCCCAACUGUCACCUCGGAGCUCGACCGAGACGAGAGCUGGCAGUACUACAUAUCCACCUUCAUGUUGACCUCGCCGACCGAAGGCAUCCCUCUCGACCGCUGCAGCAGGGUUUUCCUGCGCCGCGGCUUCCCACAGGAAAAGGACCUCACCACCGAUCCCGGCAAGAGCAAAGUCCGCGAAAAUAUGGAAGUCCGCAUCUGUGUCAACACAUACCGGCUCUUCUUCAUGCCGGGCACCGAGGAUCUCGUUGUCAAGGACCCCAAGAGCUGGGCCUCCGUUCCCCCGGGCACGAUGGAGAGGAGGAAGGGCAUGUGGAAGAAGACGCUGGGCACGCUGGGAUGGAUGAAGGAUACCAAGCCCGAGGAGGUGGAAGAGAAGCAAAAAGAGUGGGAGUCGUUCCUGCGGGGCGAUAAUGCUCGCAAGAAGCGCGGCAGCGUCGAAGUCGAGGAUCUCGAGGAUGCUGCUCGGACCACUAAGAAGGCGAAGAGUGGUGAAGUCGAGAUGGGCGGUAUGUGA